CGUUGGUAGUGUCUGUCAUCCAGCCUGGCCGCCCGGUUUCUUUGGAGAGGAGAAGUUGGCAGAGGGAUGUUCCUGCGAUGAUGGCGCUGCAGCUUAAAAGCGGAGAUGCAGCGUACUACCAGAGUGCAGAUUACUGCAGAAACUACACUUCGCCGCCUGUCAGCUACGGUGACAGCAGCCAUUAUCUCGCCCGACUGCCAGGUCCAGAAACCAUGCUGAAGCCUCCUUUGAGUCUCUUCAGCCACCCCCAGCAACCUUUCCACCACAUCGACUCUCUGCACCAGUUGAGACCUCCUCCGAUGGCGCCCGCGCAACCCCUCGGCCCGCCGCCCAUUGCCCCCGCUCAGGCAAUUGGACCCCCAAGUCUGGGCCCCCCUCCCAUGACUGCAGCUCACUCAUUAAGGCCGCUGCCCAUUACCCCACCACAUGCCUUAGGCCCUCCUCCGAUGCCCCCAGCUCAACCGAUGGGGCCUCCGCCGAUGCCGCACACCUUGGGACCCCCACCCGUAGAUCACACACAAGCAAUAGUGCCUCCACCCAUGGACCUCACACAAACACUGGGGCCUCCACACCUUAACCCCGCCCAGGCACUCAUCCCCCCGCCUGUAGUGUCGCCCGCGGCCUGCCGAUUCCCCCUCCCUCCCAGCCCCUUGUCCUCGCCUCCUGCUCCGGGCUCCGAUCCUUCGAAGCUGCCCCCAAGGCCCCCGGGACUGGCCCUCAUGCCGGCCCCCGUGUCCAACCUCAUCUGCGGCCCUCUCCCAGGUCAAGCAGCCCCAGCCAGCGAGCAGCCCCAGGAUGAGGGCUCUUCUCUGGGGAUGGAGGAGCAGGAGGACUCUCUGGGGCUGGAGGAGCUGUGUAAACCACUGUACUGUAAACUCUGCAACGUUACCCUCAACUCUGCUCAGCAGGCACAGGCUCACUACCAGGGAAAGAACCACAGUAAAAAGUUAAGAAAUUUCUACGCCGGCAGCCAACAGCCACCCGCCAUCAGGAUCCCAGAGGUCCUGGAGACGUCCGGCCAGACAGCCCUCAGCUCAGGAUCCAGCGACAGUGACGCAGGCAGGCAGUCGCUGUAUAAGGGGGCGCCGCGGGUCAUCCUGGCCACAGAGAACGACUAUUGUAAACUGUGUGACGCCUCCUUCAGUUCACCAGCAGUUGCACAGGCCCACUACCAGGGCAAGAACCACGCCAAGAAACUACGCCUGGCCGAGGCCCAGCAGAGCUCCAGCAACAUAGAAAGCAUCAGUGAGGUGGCCCCGAGAAGAAACCGGAAAGACGGCAAUGAGUACCGACUGGUGAAAAACCGCCGCAGCCCACAGAUACCUGCCUCCAUGCCAGGGCCGUACUACAACCCCAGGCCGAGGCAGCACAUCCCCAGGGACUUGGCCAUGUGUGUGACUCCCAGCGGACAGUUCUACUGCUCCAUGUGCAACUGCGGAGCCGAGCAGGAGACGGACUUCAGGCAGCACCUGGAGAGCAAGCAGCACAAGGCCAAAGUGUCAGAGUUAAGAUACCGCCACGAGAUGGAGAACCUCGGCUAUAGCUAAGAGACACGAGAGGGGGAGGGGUGGGAAGAGCAAAGACAGGGACUAGAGGACAGAGUAGAUAGACCGCAGAACGGGAGAGCCAGCUGCCUCGUAUAUGAGGGGCACGUUUAGUGAAGCGAUUAUCCAAAAAGGCCUAAAAAACAAUUAAUUAAAUCCUCAUAUAUAUAUAUAUAUAUAUAUAUAUAUAUAUAUAUAUAUAUAUAAAAUGGUUGUAGUGUAGAUCAGUGUACAAGUGGAGGGUUGAUCGUUUGAUCUCGUCCCAAGUCCGUCCUGAUGGGGAAGCCCACCCGCUCAAUCCCAUCUGCUCUACCAUAGGAUGCUUUAAUUGGAUUUAAUUUAUAUUGUUCAAGAAGUUAAGUGUCUUUUUUUAACGUGCAGCUAAGAAAGAAAAAAAAAUUCUAGGCACUGAAACAUACUUUUUGACCCAAUACUUGUUCAGGUCGUCCGUCCUUGGUCGGGCCGAAGGAUGUGUUGAGAGUCAGCGAAUGUAAAUGAAAUGCAAAGAAAUAUCUUGGCUUAUUUAGGCUACAAGGAGAGGACAACAGGAGCAAGAGCAGGCAACCGUGCAGAGGAUUCAAGCAAGAGAAAUGUGCAAUGUUUCAGGACUUCUUAGGAGAACAGUCACUGAGGACUAAGUUUUAGUUCAAGACAAAUCUUUCUUCUGUGUUAAUCACCCCUACAGGUAUUCCUUUUUAUUUAUUUAUUAUUUAUAGCUGGCCUGUAACAGGGACUCCAGGGCCACAUAGUGCCCACACAAGAGCCAAUUCAGCAUCUUUGUAACAGAAAAUAAAAUCCAAAGCGCUACUUGCUAAUUAAAGAACACAAAGCACAAUGAACAUCAUGCAGUAGAUACAGUGUUAUAUGAACCUUGAUUUUCAGCUGACCUCUUACUGGUCCUUUGGUGUGUAUCAGGCUAAAGGCUAAGCCCUUGCUAGCCUUGUUUGUGCCUUUUGGAAGGGACUCGGCUAAAGAGUAAGCUUUGGCUAGCCAUUUAUUGUGGAAACCAAUCUGCAGUAUCGAUUGGGCUUUUCUAUAUUCUGUGUCAUCUCUCUUCUUGUACUGAAUCCACAAAAACUGUAAAUAUACCUAAAUUAAUGCGAUAAAUGUAAAUAUAGUACAGUAUAAAUGGAUCCUAUUGAUUCUUUAGUUAAUGUUAGCCUAUAGCAUAUAUUGUAAAUCCUCAUAAUGUAUUUAAUAAUUAUCAGGAAUCUUGUACACAGUGUGUGCACUGACUGAAUGUCUACUUAUCGGCACUGUACGUUUGAGUGUGGAUUUCACUUUCGACCCCCCUCCCAUAUACCACUUUGGGUGUUUUCGUCAAUUUGUAAAGUAACUCUGGUACCAUUGGUGUGUCGUUAAACGCUGCUAGUCUCAUCAUUUCGACCGUGCUAGGGGAAACGCGUGUCAGGAGAGGCCGCUGGUUGCAGAUGAAUCUCCUAUCGAUGCCUCUUGAGUGGAAGAAAUGUCCAACCCGACGGGAAGCGGGCACACAAAAGCAUUUAACUCCAAACUUCAAAUUAGCUUACAAAUACCGUAGCUGAGCUCCUGGGUGUUUCUGGUUGGAGGACAUAUCGUUUCAUUCUUCCAAUCGAUCUCGAUUACCCAAAGGGGACGUAAGCAGGUUUUACUUUUUUUUUGUUUGUUGUUUCUUUUUUGUUUCCCUCACAUGAUCCAGGCCCGGCUGUUUUUCUAUCUUUAGCCUUUUCAAAAAAAGACGGGCAACUGGAAUCAAAUUAGAUUUUCUCUAAUAUCACGUUCAGUGCAGCCGAGCUGAACGCAGCGCAGUCACGAUGAGCUCAGUCCCAUGUUAAAUUACGAAAAACUGUGUGCUGUGCCUUUACUGCGCUCACAACACUCAAAGCAGACUGACGGUUCUUUAAUAAUCCUCUGUUUAAAAAACUAUUUUAUGUUACGGCAAAAAUACAUUUCCAGGAGGAUCUGCAAAUUGCCAGCGUGUUCUUUCUGCACAACGUACAAAAAACGGCCUGGAUUUGUCGCUUAAACGAGCUUUUCCAGCCUUUUCCGCAGAACAACAGUGCCCGCACACUCCCACGUAAUUGAAUCAGUCAAAGGUCUGAUCAGUUCACAUAAUUAGAUGUGUUGCAAAGUGAACCGAAAGCAACCUCCCAGCUUUCCCAUUGGUUGGUUUAGUUGGCUGUGGGGAGAGGCAGCUGUUCACUUCUUAUAUUUGUCUCUGGAGCACAAACACACACACCUGACCAGACAUGCACUCAGGAGGGACACUCAGGAGAAAAGCACUGUGAGGACGACGUAAUGUGGUGAUUGGGGGGCGGGGGGUGGGGGUUUAAACACGAGAGAAAGCCAGAGCCAGAAGGGGAGAGAGACAAGUGGAGGAUGGAAAAUAAAAUGCCAGGCUGUUUAUUAGCCCGCCGCGCUGCACAGUUUAAUCAAAAGGGAAACAAAAAGAGGGGCUGAUGUAAGCAGAGCUGUUACUAGAAGCUGUGUAUGAGAUGCCGCAGCUAGUCGAGGAGUCUGUUAAUAGCGCUCCCCCCUCCUCCUCCUAGAAAUAACACACUUUGUCUUACAUAAAAGCACUGGUAGCAUAACCUUUUAUUAUGUUCCUGGAUUUCCAGUAGAGCUUUUAAAGAUUUUCAGCAGGCGCGGGGAAUAAUAAAUUGCAAAGGAAUGAAGGAAAAUCAAAACUCCUGUGAACUAAAGAGCCUUAUUUGGACCCUCUACAGUAGCAGUCCCCUGCUUUUUUAUUUAUUUAUUUAUUUAUUGUUUUGACAACUUAAAAUGCGGCAUUAUCUACGUAAGACCACUCAUCAAGGGUUACGGCCAUAACGUUUGACCAAAGAUUGAUAUUAUUCCUUCAGAUUAACAAACAAAGCUGGAGCAUCGAGUAUUUGAAUGCAGAUGUUUACCCAUAUGCGGAUUAUAUUAAAAAAACUCUCUAUAUUUGUGCCAGUAAUAAAGCCUCAGCUGUAUUAGCGGCCAUAUCAGGGGGCACCCCCAUAAUCUUCAGAUCUGUGUGAAACCUGAGGAUAAUGUGGUUUCUGGGAAAAUGAUGCAGGCUCCACGGUGACUUCAUUUUUACAGGACAUAGGCAAUACACAAUUCAAGGAGGUGGUCAGAAGAAUUUAAUUUAAUAAUUUAAUAUUCUACAUAUAUACCUCCAGAAAAACUAGGCUAAAAGGCGUUGUUUUGCAUAAUGCAUGGACUGAUUGCGGCUUAUAUAGAACACAAUGGGUGAGGGUAGCAUAUGCCUCCAUAUGUAUUGACCUUAAACCUAGAUAUUUUCCGAUUAUAAUAACAGCAAAUGGUUCUGGGUUAGCUCUUAAAAGAUCUGCCAAUGUUAGGGGUCGCACGUCAGCGAAGCUUUACAUAAGAUUAAACAAAGUAUCUCAGAUCAUGAAUAAUUCGAACCAAAGCCUCAAUUAUCUUCCCAUAAAAUAAAGGAAACAGUUCGAAAGCCUCAAUCCAUCCAAAGGAUUUGUUCUUGUGAUUCGAAUUAUUGAAAAUAACAGUAAAUACAACAGUUUGUAGUGUAAUGGGCUGAAACAUGACAAACCACCGGUAAAGAGCUCCUCCUACACAGCUCUGUUUUUUUUUUUAGAUGGAUACUGUAGCAUUUAAAGAUCCAAAAAAAAGAAAGAAAAAAAAAGAAGAAGUUUAAUAGCCUGCACUUUUAUUUCCAGCAUGGUCACUAUAAUAGAUUAAUAGAUGCAUUAAUGCACAUAGAGAGACUGUUUAGUUGUCGUUUGAAAGAUUUUGAAACCCUGCGGUACCAUUUCCUUUUGUUUUGUUCCAUCUGUGUUAACUUGUUAAAGACUAUAGAGAUUGGUAACUAUAAUAUAUUUAUAUAAUUAUUGGUUUCACCGUUAUUAACCAAUGCUGUUCUUAACGUUUUUCUUUUGUUGUUGUUUUUUUUCCAGCACCAUAAGUUAUAGAAGUUGAACUUUGUUGUAAAUGGCCGACAAACGUCCCACGUUGUAUCUGGUUUAUUCCCUGCAUGAGUAACGUCAUACUUACUAACCGUUGACAUGUUUCUACUGAUGACAGAGGAAAUACGAGGGUGAACGUUUUUUAUGCGACCGGUCUACGAAACGGUCCUGGAAAGACUCACAAUUUUGCACUGAAUAUAUAUUAAAAUUAAAAAAAAAAGAAAAAAGAAAAGGCACUGGGUGUUUAUAAAGAAAAGUAUGCGACCAUAUGUUGUUUAAUUCAAGUGAAGCUGUUGUUGUCAAUAAUUCCUAUCCUGAUGUUUACAAGGUGAGAAGCUGAAGCUGACGUGUUUCAUAUUUGUAAUUCUAUGUGUUAAUCUGUGUGCUGCGCUGUUGGCCAGAGUAGAUCGGGAUGGAUGGGCAUCACGGUGAGGUUACAGGAAAGAAAAGUAAAACUUUGGGAAUGAAAUUAUCCGAAUGCAAUGCAAAAAAAACACAGAGAUGAUGGAGCUGCAAGAGAGUUCUGCCAUAAAAAGAGAUGAUUUUAAACACUACAGAGAGAGCAUGAAAAAAAAAAAAUAUAUAUAUAUAUAUACACAGUUUUUUAUCUUCAGGUCUGGUGCCUGGAGAAAACAGAAUCCAAUAAUUGGGUUUUUAUUUUUCUGUGCAGCUGUUAUGAGGAAUAGCACUGGUAUUAGAUAACUGAGCUCAGGUAACAACUCGGGACCAUCUGUCCGCUGUUAGAAUUAGGCCCAAAUGAGGCCACAACUCCUCGGUCACAGUCAUGUGGCCACAAAUGAGACCAGAAGGACUCGGUAAUAACAGCCUCUGAUGAAAACUCUAACCGUCACCCAGCGAAAUUGAUUUUCUCCAGACACUGUACCACCUCCACCACAGCUGGGGGAGAAAGUGUUACUGGCUUUACAGCAGGAUUUCCAAAGUAGCAUAUGUUGCAAAAAUUAGGUGGAAUUUUGGGAAAUAUUUAUUCUGAGAGUUGGAUGAGAAGAUUGAUAACACUGUGUCUGUGCAUAAUUUAGCUUAGUAUAAGACUACAGGCGAGGAUUAGCCCGAAAGUCCAAAAGUAAAAAAAAAAAAUAAAUCACAGUUUGCAAUAUUCACUUUCACUCUUUUGCUUUUGAGAGCCUCUAUACAAAUAUAUCUUGUGGAAUGAAUGCCUCAUAGAAAAUCUACCUGAUAAUUAUAGUAAAUAUGUCCUUGAUGAUAAGUUACUCUUUAUAUAAUAUUUAUAAUAAUUAUUUUCAUGCAAAGUAAACCAAUGAAACUAUGAUCUUUCAUGUACAAAUUUGAAGUUGCUUCCAAACUGUAGAGAGACCAAAAACAUUUUAUUGUACCAGUAUUUUGCUAUGAAGUUCGAUAUUUUAACAUGGAGGUCUAUGGGGAUUGACUCAUUUUUGGUGCCAGUCUCCAGUGGCCGCUCCAGGAACUGCAGCUUUGUCACUUUCCUUACGGCUUCGAUUUCCUUUCCCCGAGAUUGGUCGUUAGCUCUUUCAUCCACAUUCAUUAACUUCCGCUCCAACAUGAGCUUUACAUGUUAGCUUAGCAUUUUAGUGGUGUAAUUACAGAAUGAUACAGCCGUACCUGCUAUAAAUGCUAUAAAGCUUAACACUCUCAAGAUGCAAGGAGUUGCAGGUGGGAAACUUUGUCUUGCCAACAACUUUUUUAUCCUACGCAUUUUUUGCAGCUCGUAACUCUUGGUACAAGCAAAGGUACUUUAGCAUAGAAAUGCAUUCUGGUAUUGCUGUGAUAAAGUUUGCAGCACAAAUUUGUGAUCCCGGAAGUCUUUUGCACUGCAGAAGUCAUGACUUGGACAUGAUCAUUGGACAGACAUGGCCAGCACAGACUGUGUUGAAGUUGUCAUAAAAGAGAAUUAAAACCACAUGCUGAAUCCUAAGACAUUUUUGAAUUUCAUUCAUUAUGCUAAGAUAAGUUAAUCCUGCUUCCAGAUCCUUUCUGGGCACACAUACAAAGAAAAAAUUAAAAGUUGUAUCAAUCUUGUCAUCACCUCACUCUCGGUCAGGAAACAAGUAAACCCAUUUCUCAAAAUGUCUCUUUCCAGAUGUAUGGGUCACUGAUUAUCACAGCCUCACAUCUAAGCCCAUGUAUCCUGGUCUACAGAAGGAGACAGCGUUGCACAAUGACAGAAUUCAGGACCCCCUCCCCACCACCACCACCUCUGUUUCCUGCCAGGGGCCCUAAACCUCCUAGCAGCGCCCCUGCAGGACAGUAUACGCCACCCCUGUACUCUCUGUGAAAACCUCAGCACACUUUCAGUGCCUCUGAACAAUGUUGCCAAUAUACCGUUGACUGACUGAAUGGGUGCCUGGACAACAGAUAACGCUGAUUUCUGAGGCUACGUGUGCGUGCGUUUGUGUGUGUGUGUGUGUGUUUUCUGACAGACGAAUAAACGUACAGAUGAUAA